UCACCUCAUCAUGAGGCAUUUAGUAUUGAUAUUUUGUUAUUUUUUCUUAUUAUUCUAUUAUGUUCAUUAAAAACGUUUAAAAGAAAUGGGAAAUGUUGAAUUUACCAGUCAUCUCGAGAAAGAUCAACUGAACAGUCUAUCGUCGGAAAAGUUGGAUUUGAGCAGACGUUUGACUUCUUACCAACUGGAUCAGCAUUUGCGAAAUGAAGUGGUUGAAGAAAAUCCUGGUCUUGUGGAAAUUCCUGCCCGACUAUUUGCUCAUAUUUCUUUUUAUGAAACAUUAAUUGUUUCGUUUCAUUGCAUAACACAGAUUCCUCAAGAACUUCCACUACAAUUGCCUCACCUAAUUCAUCUUAAUUUAAAUUUUAACCGAAUUUCCAGCUUGCCUGAAUCUUUUGGCAUGUUAAUCCACCUUGAAAUACUUGAACUGUCACAUAAUCUGUUAUCAAAACUGCCUAACUCAUUUUCUCUGCUAAAAUCACUUCAAAAGCUUGAUCUUUCUAACAAUAAGUUAAGAGCAUUACGUGAUGAUAUGGAUAAUCUAAAAAAGUUGAAGAAGCUGAACGUGAAUAAUAAUUUUUUGGAACAAAUACCGCUUUCACUUUGUUUAAUCGAUAGUUUAGAAGUUUUGGUGUGUUUAAACAACCGUUUAACUACACCUCAUCAAGAUAUCUGCGAUAAAGGUCUUGCUAGCAUUAGACAAUAUUUUGAAAAGGAACACGCAUUACCUCUACCACGGCAAGAAGAUAUUGUAAAUAUAUUUCCGCGUGUGCGAAAAGGUGAUGCAUUUACUCAUCCAAAUUUGAACACUGCUAUGACGCAAUUAUACAAUGAAACACAGACACAAAGUUUUCAUAUGAAAGUGAAAGUUAAGACACCGCUUCUUCCCCCGACAAUGGCGACCACAUUUCCACCGGAUGAAUUGUCUAACAAGAUUAUUGGUUGUAUCUACGGUGCAGCUAUUGGCAGUGCUCUUGGGUACUUAACUGAUUUCUUAAGCAAGAGUGAAUGUGCAUUUUAUUAUGAUAAAGAACAAUUAAACUACUGUGACAUCAUAAAUGAUAUUCAUAGAAACAAUUUCGAGAAAGGAUGCUGGACACAUUCAUUUGAUCAAAUGAUAUUGAUCUUGGAUUCCAUUCUUUCCUGGGGUGGAGUGGUCGACGAACUUGAUGUCGCACGUAGGUUAGCAUCGUGGAAUAAAAAUGGAUUUGCAGAUUUCGGUGAAAUAAAAGGUCCGGAUUUCAAAGGCUUAUUUGGAAAGAUCUUAAACGAUGCUGAAUAUACAAAAGAUCCUCAUUUUGUAGCAAAAAUGAUAAGUCAUGAAAAGCAGUAUUGUUCAAAUGCCGCAGUAGCACGAACCGCUGUUUUAAGUGUUUCACAUUUUUAUGACUUGGACGAAGUUUGUGCUAACGCGGCGAGAAUAUGUAAAUGUACUCAUGCAGAUCCAAGGUGUAUCGCAAGUUGUGUCGCGGUAAAUACCAUCAUUGCUCUUCUUCUUCAGGGUAAACAUGACUUGAAUGACAAUGAUUCUGUGGAAGCAAUCUUAUUUGAAGCUGCAGAAAGAUCUAAAAGAUAUCUGGAUGAUGGCUCUCAAGUGAGUGAAAUAAAUAAAUACUUGGAAUGCAAGACAUUCGAAAGUGUACAAUGUAAUGAGACAAGAAACAUUGUGUACACGUUGAAACCACUGGGGUCAGCUGCUGUUGGUCUUAGAAAACUCAACGAAACUUUUCAGUCGUGCAUUACCGACUUGAUUUUUGAAGGAGGAAUGGCCAGCUGUAACGCUUCUGUUGUGGGAGCAAUAUUGGGGUGCCACACUGGAUACAAAAUGCUGCCGAAGAAAUGGAUUGAUGGAAUGUCUCAAAAACACAAAGAUUGGUUGAAUAAUAAACUGGAUUGUCUGCUAAACAUAAUGGGUCUACCGUAAUAUUUAACUCAUUAGAGAACUAAUGCCGCUAACAUCUAAUUUCAAGUCAUAUAUGAAGGUAGUUGUGGUAGUCAAAAUUUUGCCACUCGGUUUCAAAAUCGAAAUUGAUUGAAUUCGCCAGUGUUUUCAUGCCCCUGUGCGGCAUUGCUGUCAGCGAGCAGCAUAGAAAACUAACUGAAUGCCUAAAAAUGCACACGCUUGGAAAUUACAAGAUUUAAACGCCUAAACGUUUUUUAAGUGUUUUUAGCGAGAAAAUAAAAUGUCCAAUGCGAUAAUUUUAGU